AUGUCUUCUAUCCCCCACCACCAUAAUGUUGUCUGCCGUUGUGCUCAAUGUAGCAGAAAUUCACAGGGAUACUCAUUGAUGACAAGCAGAACUGCUAAGCACCAUAUUAGAAAAGAUGAGCUUGAGAGAAUUGAGAGACUGGAUAUGGCUGAAAGAUUAGCAAAUACUAUGCAAAAAGAACAAAUGAUGGACGUUGAUACCCAAUACGAUCAGGCCGACUCACCUGAUUCGAAUGCCGCCAUAAUGGCUGACAAUGUCUCAGCAGACGAUGAGAUCAGUGAGGUCAAUGGCAAUGACUCUGACAUUGAAAGAGACAUGAACUCUGACUCUGGCAGUGGUAAAGAAGAAGGUGUCAAGACAGACGUUGAAGAGUGUUGUGGGGAGAAAAUAAAGCAAAAUAUAAUAUAG